CUGCACGACUCGGUCUUGGGCCGGUGCUUCCCCCGCCGGGCUCUCCCCCGCGCGGUCCUUGGCCGGCUCCUGGCCCUCAGCAUCCUCGUUCGGAGGGGGCCUGCCUAAUGCGCGCUCCCAGCGCCGAGCCGGGCCUGCGGCGGGGGCCCUGCGGGGCGUCCCGGCUGCGCGUCGGAGAGUCGGCCCAGACUUGCCCCACCGCUCGAACCUGUUCCUCUCCUCGGCCUCCGUCCGCGGCUGUGGCCCAGUUCUGGCCUCCCAGGUCUCAGGGCCGGCUCAGGGGCAGCUGCUGAGUGUGUGAGUGUGUGAGUGUGUUUUCAUCCUGGGCACGCGGGCCGCCAAGGCUGUCGCUUGCUCUGUCUCUGACUUUCCUGGCUCGGCUCUCACUGGUGGCUCCGCACUGGCCACCCGGCUUCCACCGCUGAAGUUCUUAAUUCAGCGUGGACUUCGCUGCUCCGUGGCAUCCACUGCUUACAGAGGACCGGAUGGCUGACUGCCGUCUUGAGAGCGCCACUGGCUCCCCGGCCGCUGUCCGCCCUGCCCUCCCUCGGUAGCCGCUGCUGAAACAGGCCCGCCCUGCACUUACUGCAGCGGGGGCUGUUUGCAAGCUCUGCCGCAGGACCCGUCCCUCUCCCCGCUGGCUGGCGAGAGUCACCCCUGUGGCUGUGUUCCUACUGUAGCUGUUCUAGUCAAUUUUCUUGGGGGACCCACGACCAUAAUCCUCCUUCAGCAAUCCUGACAUCCAGAUAGCUCUGAAAGCCAGAAGUUUUUGUGUGCUUAUUUUUUGAACUAUUGCGUGGCAAAAAACCUGAGUUGGUGAAAGCUUUUAAUAACUUCUGUUUCACUCAGUGUGGGUGUUCAGACCUGUCCCCAGAGAAGUAGUACUUAGCGUGGGGUGCCGCCCCAGACUGCAUUGCGAGUGUCCGGUGACGUGGGUGAGUUGUGCCAACAGGCUCGGUAAGGUCUGCAAGAUUUUUAAUUCCGAAACAUAACUGCCUAAGGGUUCGGGGCCUGGGGCUGUGGUUCUGUGAACCACAGUCUGUCUGUCCAUGCCGCUACCGAGUGAACAGCUGGGCUCCCGUGUUUCUGCCUUUUUGAGCAGUGGUCCUUUGAGUGGGUUCGUGCGUGUCUGGUGCUCAGCGGGGAGCCUGGAGGGUCUCAGUCUUGCGGCAGGAUUGUUGGCCUCUGAGCAGCUCUGCAGAAGGACCAGAUACGUUUGCAGUUCCCGCCUGCCCUGACAGCAGCGUCGAGACUGCGAGGGAGCUCUGUGUCUCUGUCGCGCUAUCAGUGGCGGUCGGUCCGAAACACGUCGGCAUGAGUUACACAGAGAAGCCUGACGAAAUCUCAAAGGACGAGUGGCUGGAGAAACUCAAUAACUUGCAUGUGCAGCGCGCGGACAUGAACCGCCUCAUCAUGAACUACCUGGUGACAGAGGGCUUUAAGGAAGCAGCAGAGAAGUUUCGAAUGGAAUCUGGGAUUGAACCUAGUGUGGACUUAGAAACACUUGACGAGCGGAUCAAGAUCCGUGAGAUGAUCCUGAAAGGCCAGAUCCAGGAGGCCAUCGCGCUGAUCAACAGCCUCCACCCCGAGCUGCUCGACACAAACCGGUACCUCUACUUCCACCUGCAGCAACAGCACCUCAUAGAGCUGAUCCGCCAACGGGAGACCGAGGCGGCGCUGGAGUUCGCGCAGACCCAGCUGGCGGAGCAGGGCGAGGAGAGCAGGGAGUGUUUGACGGAGAUGGAGCGCACACUGGCCCUGCUGGCCUUCGAUAACCCCGAGGAGUCGCCGUUCGGAGACCUGCUUCAUAUGAUGCAGAGGCAGAAGGUGUGGAGCGAGGUUAACCAAGCUGUCCUAGAUUAUGAAAAUCGGGAGUCAACGCCCAAGCUGGCAAAAUUACUGAAACUCCUCCUUUGGGCUCAGAAUGAGCUGGACCAGAAGAAAGUCAAAUAUCCCAAAAUGACAGACCUCAGCAAAGGUGUGAUCGAGGAGCCCAAGUAGAGUGCGCCAGUGGCCCCGUGCUCCCCCAGCCUGGACUCCUCGGAGCAGCCGUCCGUGACAGACACUUUUACUGCAGUGGAGAACUCGUCCCCUUCCCUCCCUCCCUUUCCUCCUUUCUUUUUUUUUGACCUGGCAUCUUUUUUAAAGGGAAAAGUGGCCCUUUUAAGCGCUGGAAACCUUGCCGUGAAUGGCACUGUCCCUUUGGAAGUGUGAUGCAGACUCUGCUGGCAGGGCGUGUGCGGACGGCGCGGACGGGCGGCGGGGCGCUCCUGCCUCCGGCUCCCGGAGGAUCGCACGGCCGAGUGCUCGGUCAGGAGGGAAUACCGUGAAGCGGGGGCCUCCUGCUCAAAUCUGCGAAAAGCGCUGAUUGUUAUUUUGCUUUCUGUUAGCUUGUAGGCAGAGCGUACGUUUUCUCAGAUCUCCUAAGACUCUCCAGGCCGCGGUGCAGAAGUUGUUUCUUACCCCGUGGUUUUUCGUUUUUGUUUUUCGUAGGAAAGACUAUAUAAAUUUGUAAAUCCUAAUUCACAGACUUUUUUCUUGUGUGAGGGCAUUGAGUUUGAUUUGUUUUCCCUUUCGGUCUGGGUUGUGUGGCUUUUGGGGAGAUGUGUGCCUGAGGGGUGGGGCUGUGUGUUUUUUAAUUUUUUAAAUAUAUAUUUUGGUGCUGGUUGUGGUGAGAGAUUCUUUCCUGGUGGAUCAAUGAACCUUCUCUUCUAGGCAGUUUUGUUGAAAAUAAAGGUUUCUCUUUGAUCUCAAGAAUGAC